AUGACCAAGGUGUAUCUAAAGCAAAAGUUGUAUGGGAUGAGGAUGCAGGAGGGGUCAGAUCUUGUGGAGUAUAUGAACGCUUUUAAUCAAGUUAUGACGGACCUAGCACGCUUGGGUGCGACGGUUGACGACGAGGAUAUGACAAUUCUGCUUCUUUGUUCAUUGCCAUCAUCCUAUGACCAUUUGAUCACUACUUUGCCGCACGGCAAGGAGACCGUCAAGAAUGAGGAUAUUACUGCAGCAUUGCUAUCUUAUGAUAUGAGAAAGAAGAACGCGGUGAAAGUCUCUUAUGGUGAAGGUUUGCUAGUCAAGGGUGAGGAGUGGCGGAAGGGAUAUGAGGCUGGGAAGAACAAGAAAAAGAAAGAAUAUACAGCACCACAGGAGGAGGCCGGCCAUGGCAACACCGGAUCUGGCAUCUCCGAGGUCCUCUACAAGUGGGUCAACUACGGCCGCGGGUGGCGGCCCCGCUGGUUCGCGCUCAGCGACGGCGUGCUCUCCUACUACAAGAUCCACGGGCCCGACCGCAUCGACCUCUCCUGCGACACCGACCGCGGCGCUAAGGUCAUCGGCGAGGACUCGCUCCGCCGCCUCGCGCGCCCCUCCUCCGCCUCCGCCCCCCACUCCAACGGCCACGGCCACCACCAGACGCCCCGCAAGCCCCUCGGCGAAAUCCACCUCAAGGUGUCGACCGUCAGAGAGAGCAGAUCGGACGAUAGGAGGUUCUCCAUCUUCUCGGGGACCAAGAGGCUGCACCUGCGGGCCGAGACGAGGGAGGACAGGGCCGCGUGGCUCGAGGCGCUCCGUGCCACCAAGGAGAUGUUCCCGAGGAUGUCCACCAGCGAGAUGGUCGGGCCGGGGGACACUGCGGCGGCCGCGGCGGUCUCCACCAAGCGCCUGAAGAAGCGCCUGCAGCAGGAAGGGGUCAGCGAUGCUGCCAUUGCUGACAGCGAGAGGAUCGUGCGGGAGGAGUUCGAGGCGCUGCACAAGCAUCUUGUGCUUCUCAAGCAGAAGCAGGUGCUACUCCUUGACACGCUCCGCCACCUAGAGAUACCAACUUUCCGAGAAGGAAGUGGUAGCGAGUCUGAUGAUUACAAUGAACCACAAGAUCCUGUUGAAGAGGAGACUGACGAUGAAGAGAACAUAUAUUUUGAUACAACUGAUUUCCUUUCAUCUAGUUCUUUUAAAAGCAGUGGAUCUGAUUUCCAAAGAUCUGAAGCUGGUUCAGAUGAUGAGGACGACUACCCGAUGGAUGGAAUUGAUCCUUCUAUGAACUCUGUUGGAAUUAAUUAUCCAUAUGUGAGAAGGCGUAAGAAGCUACCAGAUCCAGUUGAGAAAGAGAAGGGUGUUAGUUUGUGGUCAAUGAUCAAGGACAACAUAGGAAAGGAUCUUACCAAAGUCUGUCUGCCUGUUUACUUCAAUGAACCUCUUUCAUCAUUACAAAAAUGUUUCGAGGAUCUUGAGUAUUCCUACCUUAUUGAUCGUGCAUAUGAAUGGGGCAAAAGGGGGGAUAGUGUGAUGAGGAUUCUAAGCGUUGCAACAUUUGUUGUUUCUAGUUAUGCCUCUACGGAUGGAAGGAGUUGUAAGCCCUUCAACCCUCUUCUUGGGGAGACCUAUGAAGCAGAUUAUCCAGAUAAAGGUCUUCGUUUUUUCUCAGAAAAGGUUAGUCAUCAUCCAAUGGUUGUUGCAUGCCACUGUGAGGGAAAUGGCUGGAGGUUUUGGGCAGAUAGCAACCUAAAGAGCAAGUUCUGGGGUCGCUCCAUUCAACUUGAUCCUGUUGGUGUGUUAACACUGGAGUUUGAUGAUGGUGAAGUUUUCCAGUGGAGCAAGGUGACCACUUCCAUUUACAAUCUCAUAUUGGGUAAACUGUACUGUGAUCACUAUGGUACUAUGCGCAUUCAAGGUAAUCGCGAAUAUUCAUGUAAGCUGAAGUUCAAGGAGCAAUCAAUUAUUGAUCGCAACCCUCAUCAGUUUGUUUGUCACUAA